AUUGCGCAUGCGCAAGGUCGCGCUUAGUCGCGUCGACAACGACCGCACCGGAUGAUCCCCUCGCCCGAUCCUGUUGUUGCGCACGGAUUUAGUUUUUUCUCCAAAGAAACAAGACAAGAUGCUCACUCCUUCAACCAUCGUUUUGCUGACGCUCUCAGCUCUCCUGCCGGGGGUAGUCCACGCACGUUCCAACGGUGCACCUUUAGCUGCAUGCGACAGGAUAUUCCCAGAAGGCCACGGCGUCGCUUCGCAGCCACUUGAAGACAGCCCAUUCUCUCUAAACGUAUCUUCCUUCGGCGGCGACUACAUUCCCGGGGAGGCGUACCAGUUGACACUCUCGGGCAGUGGGGAUUUCCGUGGACUGCUGGUCCAGGCUCGCUCGAUUGCUGACAACUCCCCAGUUGGCUCGUUUGAGGAUAUCAGUGAUUUGACCAGACUCAGCAGCUGCAAUAGACCAGAUUCUGCCAUUACUCAUUCAAGCAGGGCGGAAAAGACCAGUGUUGAACUUUCAUUCACGGCUCCACCUGCUGGCACUGGGCCUUUUCGUUUUCAGUAUGCGGUGGUGGAUACAUUUACUGUGUUCUAUGCUCCAAUCAUGUCUGACAUUAUUGAAGAAGCCAUUGUAGAAGAAGAGCCAAUUGAGCUGUACUUCACCGGAGAUACUCCGAUGGUGACUGGUAACGACAUUACGGCACAGAUAUAUGUCUCUCGACCAAUACCUCUCCUGUGUCAACUCAUCACUCGUGGUACCCCACAAAUGCCAGUAGUCACUUCCGAACAAAACUGCACAAGUGGGGAGGUGGCAUUCGUCAACGUGUUGAGUGGAGAGCACCGAGUGAGGGUCAUAGCCGGGGACCAGGAUGCCGUUAUCCGCAGCCGUGUCAUCGUCAUGCCAGACAGUCCCGACUUCUGCUCCCUCAACGCCAUCAACAGAGGAGUCACAAAAUACCUUGGCCCCGACGGAGCUGUUGCCAACUACACCAUCGAGUGGCGGCCAAUCGGAGUGGACGCCGGGUUCCUCUGCACUGUCGGGGACUCUGGAGUGGCAGAGAAAUGUAGCAGUCCGUACACAUUUGUGGCUGGGGAUGGGGUGACGAGGGUAAAGGUCCUCCCUAAUCCUCCCACAUUCCAGGCACUGUGCACUGUGUCUGCAGUCAAUGGGAAUGGAGAAAUAUGCCCUAUUGAAGCUCAGGGAGACGUUAAACUGGUUGGUGGACCAGAUGGUAACACUGGUUUUCUGGAGGUGUGCAGUGGAGCUAUAGUCGUUCGAGUGUGUUUUGAUACCUUUGGUGCCAAUUCGGCAGAGUUUGUGUGCCAGGAACUGAAUAUUGAAGCACCUACAGGAACAAUGAUUCCUACGGCACACAUUGCACCUGGGUCUGAGAUGGUGGGCCGUGCGGACUAUACUUGCAUUCAAGGCAGUGAUUUCGACAAUUGCUUCACACCUACCACUGAUGCCGAAACCUGUCUCCCGGUAUCAAUAAGUUGUCUGGGAGACACCAACAUCGUUAGCUGUGAAGAAGGUGUCAAAUGUGUUAAUGGGGAAUGUAUGAAUACUGCUGAAGGUUUCGAAUGCAUCUGUGAUGAUGGAUUCACUCCCGUUCCCGUUGACCCUACUGAUUGUAGAGACAUUGAUGAAUGUGUAGAAGAAAAUAAAAUGGACCAGUGUGCGCCAAAUGGAAAGUGUCGUGAUGAUGAAGGGACCUACACUUGUGUUUGUGAUGUCGGCUUUAAGCUAACUGCAGAUGGAACAACAUGCGAAGUUGAAUGUGAGAAUGGGGUUGACAGUACGUCAUGUCCUGAGGGUGAGAGCUGUGUGGAAAAUGAGGAUGGGAUCUUCACUUGUGAAGCUGAUCGCAAGACUGGGACUCGCAAGCGUGGCUCCAAAAAGGGAAAAAGCAAGAGCCGUCGCAACUGAUCGAUAGGCAGACAACUGACAGCCAAAUUUCUUCGCUGGCUGCACUAACUCCUUAGAUUAGCCAUGGAUAUUUGUGCAAACUCUUGUGCUGUAUGAUGUAGCUGACUAGAGUAGCUAUAUACUUUGAUCAUGAUUCUGUAGCAGAUGUGAAACAAUUUAUU